AUGGCCGCUCCAUCCUUCUCCUCAUGUCUGGCCGCUCUAGCGGCGGCGGCGGAGGAUGCGGCGGGGCUCGGUGCUGCUCUCAGUGAACUCCGGAGCCGUUAUGUGUCCCGAGCUGGAGGGGCGGAGAAGUUCCGGAGGUCGGGCGGGCUGGCCAUGCUCGUACAUCUCCUGACUGACCCCUCCGCGGCGGCCGUCCUGGGGAGUUCCCGCCGGAGCCUGGAGCUCGGCCUGAGCGUGCUGGCCAAUGGAUGUACGGAGCCCGGGAGCCGAGUCCAGGUCCGAGAACUCGGGGGGAUUCCCGCUCUCAUCUCUAUUCUGAAGUCGGUGUGCAUCGAUUCCAUAUGGAACCGGGUAUGUCGGGCUCUGGGGAACCUGGCUGUGGACUCCCAAAACAACAACAUCAUUCAUGAUUCAGGUGCGGUCUCGUCUUUGGUGCAGAUCCUGCAGAGAUCUCAGGAUGCGGGCUGUUUGCAGAGUUGUCUCCGGGCGUUACGAAUUCUGGGCGAUUCCCCACCACAUAGACUGUCCAUCUGCCAGCAGGGGGGGCUGUCUCCGUGCGUUCAGAUGCUUAGCUCUGCUAACGUGGACGUGGUUUGUGAAGCUGUGCGUGCCGUGUGUGAGCUGAGCUGUGGAUGCUCCUAUGAAUGUGCAGCACAGCUCAAUCCCGCUGUGCCAACCUUGAUGACUUUGGCUGGUGAAGAGCAAGGCAAGAUGGCGGUACGGCAGGCUGCGUUGGGGACUUUAUGUAAUCUUUGUAACCAAGGAGCGUUGAGACCAAUCCUGGGCAAUGCCGGUGUCAUGAAGCUGCUGAUCACAGAGGCCAUUGCCGUACAGCGAGCACCAACGCGAUGCCUCCCGGUGGUCAAAGCUCUGUGCUUCUGUUGCCGUGUGAAGCGGUGAAUCGUGUCCGGGUACGAGAACAUGGCGGCCUUGAAGUGCUCCUAGAUGUACUGCGCAGCCCACAGUAUCGGUCUGUUCACUAUCGGGUUAUAGUGGCAUUUCUCUAUUAUUGCUAUGACAACGCCGCUCUGUCUUCUCUGGUCUCCAGUGGCCUCACACUUCUGCUAGCCCAACGAUUAGAGGAAUGUACUUGGGCUGCUGAAGAAAGGGGGGGGGGUGCAGAACACCAUGGAGGCCCCCGAUGAAGGCGAAGACAAAGGCGAAGACAAAGGCUCCACUUCUUUUGACUUUCCACAAGAGCCAAGAAAAAAGAAGGAACAAGGAGGGUCAUCUGAGGAGAGCCUGAGAUCUUGGCUAUUAUCAGAAGGUUACAUCAACAGUCUGGAUGAUCUGCCUCCUGAAGGGAUCAUGGAGAACAGAGAGGAAUCCACCAAGACAAAGCUUUCUCCUCAAGGAAAAGGAAGUCAAAUGACCAAAGUCUCACAGAAGAGGACACAAGUGCCCCAAACACCUGGCCAGCCCUGUUUUCCUUUACCUUCCAAUCAGUCUUGCCAGUCACCCAUAAAAGAAAUCUUUGCAUCACCAUCCCUUCUGGGGCCUCCUUCUCCUGCACCCUCAGAAGUCUAUGGACCCGAGUUCCCAGUCUUACUUCUCCUUUCCCGUUUCUCUCAGCUGUCAGAUCCCUCCUCUUGUUUGGUCUCCCCUUCAGUUUUAAAGGGCUUCUGACCUAUGUGGCUUGCCACCCUAACCCCUCAAAUCAAGCUGCUCGUAUUCUGCAACGCCUAACUUGUGACCCGUUGUGUCUGGAGGCCUUCAUCCGGACUGGCAGCAUUUGCACGUUGCGAGCAAGAUUGCUUCUUCAUGAGUCUCCAGGUGGAGAUGACAAGGAGAGGAGCCGACACCCAGAAAGAGCAAGAAAACUUGGUAAGAGAUUGGAGGAAUGA